AGAGAACAAUUUUUAAAUCUACUAAUAAAUCUUGACUUUUACUUAAGUUUCUUUAGUUAGAACAUCACUUCACUGUCAAUUCUCUCUUGAGCUGCCAAGAUUAUUGUUUUGGGGUAAAAAAAGAUUGUUGCUUUUCUUGUUUUUAUGGAAUUCUGAUUUCUGGGUAUGUCUCAGAUUUUUGUUUGAGUUUGAAAUGAGGAAGCACAACACAGCUUUAACAAGAUUUGGGAGAAAGGUAAAAGGUUCAUAUCAAUCUUAUGGUCUUGGUGUUAAGUUAGCUGCAGUAGUAAUUUUGGGUCUUUGUUUUGUAUUCAUUUGGUCUGUGUUUUCACCUUCUUCUUAUUCAGUAGCCUAUCAAAGGGACACUUUUGAUGAUAUUAGAGAACCUAUCUCAUCUGCAAAUAGGAAAAAGGUUACAUCUUUGGUUCCUUCAACCAAGAAAGAACAACCCCAUAAUAAGAAAUUGAAACAUAGAUCAAGUUCUGGUGAGAAAAAGAAAAGGGUUGAUAGGUCUUCUUUGCCUUCAAAAUCUGGUGGUUGGCAUAAGAAUGAUAAAAGUGGAGUUGAUAGGAAGAGAAAGGGUGAGGAUCUGAAGUUACCAAAAAAGGCUGAUGAGGUAAAGGAACAAGAAUUGGAAGGAUCUGAAACUGAUGUGUUGGAGAAGGAGAAUGAGGAAGAGAAAAUAGGAAAUGAUAAGCAAGAAGAAGAGAAAAAAGUAGUUGAAGUUAAAGAGAAUGAGAAAGAAAAAACAGAAAAUAAUAGUAAACAAGAAGGAGAAGGAGUGGAUGGUAAAGAGACUGAGAAAGAGGAAAUAGAAAGUAAUAAAGAAGAAGAAGGAGAAGGAGAAGGAACAGUAGAUGGUAAUGAAGGUAAUGGUGAAUUAGCUAAUACUGAGGAGUUGGAUCAAGAGUCUGCUGAGAAAGUGGAGGAUGAGGAUGAGAAAGCUAAAGAUAAUGGGAAGAAGGAUAAGAAUUUAGGACCAUUAUUUGAUCCAAAAGCACAUUAUACUUGGAAUUUAUGUAGCACUAGAAGCAAGCACAAUUACAUUCCUUGCAUUGACUUUGAAAGUGCCAGUGGAAAGUUGCAGAAUUAUCGGCAUCACGAAAGAAGUUGUCCUAAAGCACCUCAAAUGUGUCUUGUUCCCCUUCCUCCUGGUGGUUAUGAGACUCCAGUAAGCUGGCCUGAGAGUAAGUCAAAGAUACUUUAUAAAAAUGUGGCACACCUGAAACUAGAGGCAUUUGUUAAGAAAGGGAGCUGGGUGGUGGAGUCUGGAGAUUAUCUCACUUUUCCGACGAACCAAUCUAUACCCAAAGGUGGAAUUCAACACUACCUAGAUUUCAUAGAAGAGAUGGUACCAGACAUUGAAUGGGGGAAGAAUAUCCGUGUUGUGCUGGAUAUUGGAUGUGAAGAUUCAAGCUUUGGGGCUUCUCUACUUGAAAAAGAUGUGUUAACACUUACUCUAGGCUUAAAAGAUGACCUUGUGGAUCUAGCACAAGUUGCACUUGAGCGUGGUUUUCCAGCAGUAGUUACCCCAUUCGGAACUCGGAGGCUUCCCUUUCCUAGUGGUGUCUUUGAUGCUAUUCACUGUAAUGAUUGCCAUGCAUCUUGGCAUUCUAAUGGAGGAAAGCAUCUUAUGGAGAUGAACAGAAUUUUGAGGCCUGGAGGUUAUUUUAUUUUGUCUUCAAAGCACAGUAGCAUUGAAGUUGAAGAAGCUAUGUCCACGUUGACAGCAUCAAUCUGUUGGAACAUCCUCGCUGAUAAAACUGAUGAAAUCAGUGAUAUCAGGAUUAAGUUAUACCAAAAACCACAAGCAAAUGACAUAUACCAAUUGAGAAGGAAAAAAGUUCCACCUCUAUGCAAAGCAAAUGAGAACCCAGAUGCAUCCUGGUAUGUGCCGAUUAAAUCUUGCUUGCACACAAUUCCUGAAUCCAUAGAACAACGAGGAACCGAAUGGCCUGAGGAGUGGCCAAAGAGACUUGAAACUUAUCCCGACUGGAUGAACAAUAGAGAGAAAUUGAUCGCAGACAGUGAGCACUGGAAAGCUAUUGUUGACCAUUCUUAUCUAGUUGGCUUGGGUAUUGAUUGGUCCAACAUUCGGAAUGUAAUGGAUAUGAAAGCCAUCAAUGGAGGAUUUGCAGCAGCUCUUGCACAGCAGAAGGUGUGGGUGAUGAAUGUUAUUCCUGUACAUGCACCAAACACCCUUCCCGUAGUCUUUGAAAGAGGACUUAUUGGCGUGUACCACGAUUGGUGUGAGGCUUUUGGUACUUAUCCAAGAUCAUACGACCUUCUACAUGCAGAUCAUCUCUUCUCAAGGCUUAAGAACAGGUGCAAGCAUCCCAUUGUGAUUGUGGUUGAGAUGGACCGUAUAUUACGGCCUGGUGGCUGGGGAAUCAUACGUGACAAGGUCGAAAUACUUGAUCCAUUAGAGAAAAUAUUGAGAAGCUUGCACUGGGAGAUACGAAUGACUUUCGCCAAAGAUAAGGAAGGCAUCCUUUGUGCUCAAAAGACAAUGUGGAGACCUUGAUGAAUGCUUAGAUGCAAGUCAUCUGAUUAUUUGGACUACAGAUUACUGUCAUUUUCCUGCAAGAUCUGCUGGUUAUCUAUACAAUAUUAUCUAUACUCGAGUAACACAGUGCCAUUCUUGCCAACAAUUGUGUUUCUUGGCCUCCCUCUUCACAUAUUUCAAAAGAAAUAGUCGUGGAUCCAGAAUUUAGACGUUGUGGGUUGUGAGUUCGGAAAUGUAUACCAAAGAAUUAAUUCAUUGUUGGAGUGUUUUCUAGCAAGUAGUGUGCAAGUCAUAUAUUUUUGCUCUUACCAUUGAUUGACUACUGGUAUAUUUGUGCAUAAAUUGAAAUCUGUUUUACAUGUU